AUGCCGCCUGCAAAGAAACAGCGCAGAAUCCCUUACGACGAGUCUGAGGCAAGAGAUGUUCAAGACAGCGAUGUUUUAGGAGACGCUGUCUCAGAGGAUGAGAACCAGUACAACGACGAUUCUGGCCCUGGAUCACCUGGCGAAUCGCUCCCCUCAUCGCCUGACACCGAAGAUGAAAUUGCCGACGCGAAGCCGGCGAAGUCUAAAAAGACUCUCAAGCGGAAGCGGCGAGCUACUGACGCCACACAAUUUGGUGCUACGCUACAGUCUCUGUUGAGCACGGACGCACCAUCUACACAGCCCCUCUCUUUAAAGCCUUCCAUUGCCCGAAAACGUAACGACGAGAAAUUAGAGGCAAAGGGAAAGAAGGUCCUUCAAAUAGAGAGGAAAGAGAAAGAAGAGAAGGGUCGCGUAAAAGAUGUUAUUGGUGGCUGGGGAGGGGAGAGUGAGCGAGCACUGAGGAAAGUUGCACAACGUGGAGUUAUUAAGCUAUUUAAUGCCAUUCAGCAAGCUCAAGCACAGGCUACCGUUGCUGGAGAGAGUCUGAAGGCCCAGCGAGGCACGGGGAAGCCUACUCUCUCCGCUCCUUCCCUGACAAAGGGCAAGAGGAAAGAGAAGCAAAAGGAUAAUCUCCUUGGCCGUCACGCUGACGCUCUCGUUGGUCAAGAUGACUUCCUGAAUAGCAUUCGGUCAGGAGAGAUCGUGGCGAAAACAUAA